CAGACAUAAGCCUAAAAGCAUCAAGUUCUCCAUCCAUACUCACUCACACACACAGUUCUGUUCGAUCAAUGGCAAGUACCUCCACAUCUUCCAACGAAACUGAGCCUUUGACAUACACUACUGUUCUUAGCAUUGAUGGUGGUGGCGUCAGAGGAAUCAUUCCUGGUGUUAUUCUUGCAAAACUUGAAUCUCAACUUCAGGCAAUAGACGAUAAUAAGGAUGCAAGGAUUGCAGAUUAUUUUGAUGUAAUUGCUGGGACAAGUACAGGUGGUCUCAUUACUGCCAUGUUAGCAACUCCAAAAUAUCCAAAGGAAAAGGAUAACCGUACUCCUAUAAUGGCUGCCAAUGAAAUUGUUCCAUUUUACCUAAAAAACUUGCCAUUGAUUUUUCCACAGAAAAGGGGAAUAUGUGGGCAGCUGAUAAACAUAACAAAAGUUUUGACCGGAGCUAAGUACAACGGAGAGUAUCUUCACACGCUGAUAAAAAAUUUGACAGAGGAUACACUUUUGAGCCAAACUUUGACAAAUGUUGUUAUUCCAUCUUUUGAUGUUGAGAAACUCCAACCUACCAUUUUCUCAUCCUAUCAGAUUAAAGUUGAGCCAACUUUGGAUGUACCACUAGCAGAUAUUUGCAUAGCUACAUCAGCUGCUCCAACUUAUUUGCCUGCUCACUAUUUUGAAAAGAAAGAUGCAAAAGGGAAAGUCAUCCAAAAAUAUAAUCUCAUUGAUGGCGGCGUGUGUGCUAACAAUCCGACUUUAGUUGCAAUUAGAGAAGUGACCAAGGAUAUGAUGAGGAUUAAGGAUUGGAACAAAAGUGGGAAAAGUGGGAAAGGUAUACAGUAUGAUCGUUUUAUUGUAAUCUCAAUAGGGACAGGAUCAAACAAGACUGAAGGAAAGUACAAUGCUAAAAUGGUGGCUAAAUGGGGUGCUUUGACUUGGUUAUUCAAUGCUGGUGCAACUCCAAUUAUAGAUUGUUUUAGUGAAGCAAGUACUGAUAUGAUUGAUUACCAUAACUCAGUUCUUUUUACUGCACUUCAGUCUCAAAACAACUACCUCCGAAUUCAAGACGAUACAUUAAAGGGGAAGACAGCUUCUGUGGAUGUAUCUACUGAAGAGAAUUUGAAUGAUUUGGUUACAGCUGGUAAAAAUUUAUUGCAGAAAAAUGUUACACGAGUGGAUCUAGAUACGGGUGUAUAUGAAACAGUUGAGGAUAAAGGCACCAUUGAGGAAGAACUCAAAAGGUUUGCUAAGUUACUCUCUGAUAUAAGAAAAGAGAAAAUUGCCAAGUCCAAGUCAUAAAAUGGCAAGUAAAUGGUCACACAAGAUUGAAUAUGUUAAUCAAUUGUUGAAGCUCUAUCUUUUAAUUUGAUUUGCUUAAUUAAUAAUUUCUGUACUUUAAUUACGAUGCGAGUGUGUAACAUUUUCUAUUGUGAAUGAAAUAAAUAAUAUUUUCAAUGUUAAGAAGAAUUCUAGAAAUUGUAUUUAAGGUUUAAUUAGUAAAAUGGUUCCUUAAAGAUUUUUUUAU